UUGAUUGUAUACACCUGUGUCCAUGGAGGGGAUUGGAACACCUGAAUCACAUGAUUGGGAGGGGAUUGGAACACCUGAAUCACAUGAUAUGGAGGGGAUUGGAACACCUGAAUCACAUGAUAUGGAGGGGAUUGCAACACCUGAAUCACAUGAUUGGGAGGGGAUUGGAGCACCUGAAUCACAUGAUUGGGAGGAGAUUGGAACACCUCAAUCACAUGAUUGGGAGGGGAUUGGAACACCUGAAUCACAUGAUUGGGAGGGGAUUGGAACACCUGAAUCACAUGAUUGGGAGGGGAUUGGAACACCUGAAUCACAUGAUAUGGAGGGGAUUGGAACACCUGAAUCAUAUGAUUGGGAGGGUUGGCCAAUACUUUUGGCAAUAGUGUAUAUCUCA